CCCCCACCCCUUGCGAGCGUAAACAAACAGGAAGUGCAAUCGGUGUUUUGAGACUUUUGGCGUUUGAAAAGGGUCAGCGACUUCUGAGAGACUGUGUUUGCGGAGUGCUUUCUUCGAGUUCACGUUUGUUUCUCCCUUCUGUUAGAAGUUUGCUCAGAACUAUGGCCGAAUACUCCUACGUAAAGUCCACCAAACUCGUGCUCAAGGGAACGAAAGCCAAAAGUAAGAAGAAAAAGAAAGAAAAGAAGAGAAAAAGAGAAGAGGAUGAUGAAACCCAACUUGAUAUUGUUGGAAUGUGGUGGACAGUAGCCAACUUUGGUGACAUUUCAGGAACUAUCGCCAUUGAAAUGGAUAAAGGAACCUAUAUCCAUGCACUUGACAAUGGUCUUUUUACUCUGGGAGCGCCACAUAAGGAAGUUGAUGAAGGUCCUAGUCCUCCAGAGCAGUUUACUGCCGUCAAAUUGUCUGAUUCCAGAAUUGCUCUGAAAUCUGGCUAUGGAAAAUAUCUUGGUAUCAAUUCAGAUGGACUUGUUGUUGGGCGAUCGGAUGCCAUUGGACCAAGAGAACAAUGGGAACCAGUGUUUCAAGAUGGGAAAAUGGCCUUAUUGGCCUCAAAUAGUUGCUUUAUUAGAUGCAAUGAAGCAGGUGAUAUAGAAGCAAAAAGUAAAACAGCAGGAGAAGAAGAAAUGAUAAAGAUUAGAUCCUGUGCUGAAAGGGAAACGAAGAAAAAAGAUGACAUUCCAGAAGAAGACAAAGGGAAUGUAAAACAGUGUGAAAUCAACUACGUAAAAAAAUUUCAGAGUUUCCAGGACCAUAAACUUAAAAUCAGUAAAGAAGACAGUAAAAUUCUUAAAAAAGCUCGGAAAGAUGGGUUUUUACAUGAGACACUUCUGGACAGGAGAGCCAAGUUGAAAGCUGAUAGAUACUGCAAAUGACUGGGACUUUUCUUUGUUUCUGCUUACUCUUUUUGUUUUCUCUGAAUAAAAUAUGCAGUGAUAGUGCUUUUAUAGAGUUCUUGGGGUGUUGUGGAAUUAUUGCUUAAUAUCCAGCUUCAUCAAGAUGAAUAAUGUUUAAGAUUCUUCAUGCGUGUACUUUUUAGUUAAGGGAAGUAUUUCAUAUGGAAAUGAAACUUACAGUUCUCAUGUAAAAUACUGCAUAAUUUUUUUUCUGAAUUUCCUGUCAUGGAGCAUUAAGU